CGGGCCACCAUGGCCACGGACGAGCUGGCCAGCAAGCUGAGCCGGCGGCUGCAGAUGGAGGGCGAGGCCGGCGCCGAGGCCCCGGGGCAGCCCGGGCUCAACGGGGCGGCGGCCGCCGGGGCGCCCGAGGAGGCGGCCGAGGCGCUGGGCAGCGCGGACGACGAGCUGAGCGCCAAGCUGCUGCGGCGCGCCGACCUCAACCAGGGCAUCGGCGAGCCCCAGUCGCCCAGCCGCCGCGUCUUCAACCCCUACACCGAGUUCAAGGAGUUCUCCCGGAGGCAGAUCAAGGACAUGGAGAAGAUGUUCAAACAGUACGAUGCCGGCCGAGAUGGCUUCAUCGACUUGAUGGAGCUCAAACUCAUGAUGGAGAAACUUGGAGCCCCCCAGACCCACCUGGGCCUGAAAAACAUGAUCAAGGAGGUGGAUGAGGAUCUUGACAGCAAGCUCAGCUUCCGGGAGUUCCUCCUGAUCUUCCGCAAGGCGGCGGCUGGGGAGCUGCAGGAGGACAGCGGGCUGCACGUGCUGGCCCGCCUCUCUGAGAUAGACGUCUCCACCGAGGGCGUCAAGGGGGCCAAGAGCUUCUUCGAAGCCAAGGUCCAGGCCAUCAACGUGUCCAGUCGCUUCGAGGAGGAGAUCAAGGCAGAGCAGGAGGAGAGGAAGAAGCAGGCGGAAGAGAUGAAGCAGCGGAAAGCAGCCUUCAAGGAGCUGCAGUCCACCUUCAAGUAGCCAGGGCCUGGCCUGACCGCCCGGCCGGCCCCAGCGCCCCGUCUGACGGGCGAGCCCGGGUCCUCAGCUUGUCUGCAGGGACCACACUAAAAACCUAACCAUGUCUGCGAACGGAGCCAGUUGAGGGGCCUCACCGAGGCGGCCCCACUCUCCCCGCUCCCGCUGUUCCUGAGGCUGUGACACCAGCACUGGCUCCCUGCCUGGCGACGCCCCGUCUCGUCCCUGGCCGCCCCCACCUGCUCCAGCACUGCUCGGGGCUCCGUGCCCAGCUCCUGGCUCCCAGGGCUCCCUGCCUGGGUGCCUGCCCGCACACCCCCUUCUGCACCCCUAUGCCUCUCCCUGUCACCUGGUCCCCUACCCAGAGGCCACCUGCCCCUAACCCGCUGCACUGCCCCUGGUCCCCUGAUGCCCCCUGCAAGGCUUGUGGCCAGCGGAAACUAAGGAGCCGAUUGGAGGCACAGCCCCACCCCCCCACACCAGCACCUGUUGCCAGAGUCAGGGGAGGGGCUUCCAUUUAGGCUGAGAGGCCCUGGGCAAAGGGGCAGCUGUGCCCAUCUACCUCACGGGCCGCAUUCUGCAGGCCGUGCCACAGGAGCGUGGGCAGGGACGGCCACCCCUGCCCCCUCCCGGAACAGCCUGGGCGCCCCAGGGCUCCGCAGAGAGGGGUUAGGAGGGAUUCCUAGGGAAGGAAACCAAGCUGUCUCCAUUCUCCAGGAGGCCUUCAAGAAGUGCUUUAAGUGGUUUGCACGGACCGGGCAGCGGGGCGCAGGGGGCCUCGCUCAGCCCCUUCGCCCCCUCCCCCAAGUGAGCCUCGUCACCAGCGACUGGACCUGUCCCGUCACCCCCACCCCGGGGAAGCAUGGGCCCCAGCCCCCCUGGCCCGCCCCAGCCUCCAGCGUGCCCGCCCGCUCCCGUGCGUGUCCGUGUCCAUUGCUGUGUCGUGAAACUGUGACGUCCCGUCCGAGCGAGCGGCGUCCGGCCCCCGCCAUGCGCCGUCCAGUGUGUCGUGACAGAAUCACUGCUUCUGAGACUCGAUAUCCCUUUAUUUUAGUAAAGCUCCCCCUAGAGCCCACGGAGCCCUGUUGGGCUUGCAGAGGUUUUAUUUUUUUGGCCUUAGAAUUUGCAGGAACUAGUUGCUGCCCCCCCCCGGGCGGGGCAGCCUUGGCCCUGGAUUGCGUUUGCCUUAGCGGAUACGUUUAUACAGAUGAAUAUAAUUUUUUUUUCCUUUUAGCUUAGUUGCUUUUUAUUUUUUUUCCUGCCUUCUCAUUCCCUCCCCUCAAAAUGCUACUUCUUCAUUCGGUGGUACGAUUAUUUUUUUUAACUAAAAUAAGAUA